AUGGCUUUGUCGGGACCCAAACUUGAAUCUAGAGUUGAGGCUUCGCACAGCGAGAGACGUCUCAAAAAUUUCGCUGUAUCGCUAUUCUAUCCGAGACUGUUUGAAGUCUUAAGUUCUGUACAUGACGCGAUUUCCCACCAGCUCCAGCUGCAGCUUCAAAGCCGCCCGGGCACGCCGAGGGUGCCGGCGGCUCCGCGGGCGCGGAGGCAGGGCCUGGUGUCCCGCGGUCCGGCGGGCACAGGCGCGUGUCCCCGCCGGUGUCCGCACCCGCGCCCUCCGCCGGCCCUGCCAGCCCUUGUCGCUGUCGUUACCGUCGUGGCCCCCGCAGCGUCACGGCUCAGCCCCGCGGGCGCGCAGGGGUGGGGGGUUGCCUGCUCCUCCAUCCGCGGCCGGGGCUCGCAACUUUUUGGGAGGGGGUGGCGCUGUCCCACGCACCCCGCCGGGACCGCCCCCCCCACGCGGGAAGUGCCCCCCUGUCCCCUGCCCCGUGGGUUGGGCUGCCGCGCAACCUCCGCGGGCGCGGGGCUCGUUCUAAAAGGAACAAAUCGAUGGAUCGGGGCGGCGAGCGCGGAGCAGGAGGGGCAGCCCCGGGGCCGCCUGGGUGAGACCCCCGAGCCCUCCGGGAGGAGGGAGCCCGGCGGCGCAGGAGGGGAACCUGCCCCGCGGCUGCGGCUCAGCGCGCCCCGCAAAGAUGAGUUUGGAGGAGCGAGUGCGCCGCGGACAACCUGGAUGAGCGGGGAGAGGCUGGGGCUGUCCCGGGGGCCGGGGGAGCAGCACCCCCGGCGCGGUGGCCCCUCACAGUCGCCCCUCACGGCGGCGCCGGGCCCGGCCCGGGGCCCGCUCCGCGGCGGGGCCGGGGGAGCCUCUCUGGGCCGAGGCGGAGUAAACCGUGUUAAUGAUGUGCAGACGUGA